AUGACAGACACGGGCGAAAAAGUCAACACCCACAUCAUCACCCUCACGCGAUUCCUCACGGAGGAGCAGAUCAAGCACAGAGAAGCAACCGGUGAUUUCACACUCCUCUGCCAUGCCCUCCAAUACUCCUUCAAAUCCAUCGCCUACUACAUCCGCCGCGCCACCCUCGUCAACCUCACCGGCCUCGCCGGCUCCUCCAACACCACGGGCGACGAGCAGAAGAAGCUCGACGUAAUCUCAAACGACCUCUUCAUCGAGGCCAUGCGCUCCUGCGGCAAGGUCGCCAUGCUCGUCUCCGAAGAGGAAGAGACCGAGAUUCACUUCCCCCACGCCACCGGCGCGCGCUACAUCGUCUCCUGCGACCCCAUCGACGGCUCGUCCAACCUCGACGCCGGCGUCUCCGUCGGCACAAUCUUCGCCGUCCACAAGAUCCCCGACGGCGUCGACGUCGCCUCAAAAGCCGACAUCCUCAAGGCCGGCACGGAGCUCGUCGCCGCCGGCUUCACAAUGUACGGCGCCUCGGCCCAGCUCGUCAUGACCAUGCGCGGCAGCACCGUCAACGGCUUCACGCUCGACAAUGGCAUUGGCGAGUUCAUCCUGUCCCACCCGGACAUGCGCAUCCCCAAGGCGCGCUCCAUCUACUCCGUCAACGAGGGCAACUCGCUCUACUGGGAGGACAAGACCAUCAACUACUUCAACUCGCUCAAGCAGGCGCAGGCCGACGGCAAGCCCUACAGCGCGCGUUACAUUGGCAGCAUGGUUGCCGAUGCGUACCGCACGCUCUUGUACGGCGGCAUCUUUGCGUAUCCUGCCGAUAAGAAGAGCCCCAAGGGCAAGCUUCGUAUUCUGUAUGAGUGUGCGCCCAUGGCCUUGGUUUUUGAAAAUGCUGGUGGCCAAGCCGUCGAUAGCAACAUGAACAGAAUGCUGGAGGUUGUACCAGAGCACAUCCACGACAGGUCAGGCAUCUUCAUGGGCAGCUAUGAUGAGAUUGAAAAGGUCAAGUCAUUCUACAAAUAAAAAAAAAAUUGGAAGUGGGUAAGAGAAUGAAAGGAAAUGAAUGCAUGACACGGGAACGUAAAGAAAACCUGCAUCAUAUAUAGCAAAAAAGCUGGUUUGGUGAUUUCAUUUGUUCGUGGACGAAGCUAUCAAUCCACACGCACACAUAUAUAUAAACCUAUAAUUACACACAAAUUUCAC